GUUAAACCGAAAACAAACAUAUGAAGCAUUAGGUGUCAUAAAUACUCAAUAUCCCCAAAUUAAUUUCGACACUUGGCGCCUCCCCCUCUCUCUCCUGUCAGCAGCAGUUUGUGAUCUCGCCCUGGAGGAGCUGCGGGAUGCUGCGGAACACACCCUGUGCAUCUCGCUGUCUCUUCACAUCAAGCCGAGGAACAUCAAAACGCUCAUCAAAUAUGUGACGUACGACAGGCUGACUGCAUCUGCUUCAGGUUUCUGCGAUGAUGGCAGGGUCAAAGAUGUCCGCACCGCUGGCUCUGGUGCUGGUCCUCUCGGUGCUGCUCACAGGAGUAGCCCAUGCUGCUGGGCCUGAGAUGGACCCAUACAAAAUCCUGGGAGUAACCAGGAGUGCAAGCCAGGCUGAGAUCAAAAAGGUUUACAAGCGUCUGGCAAAAGAAUGGCAUCCGGACAAAAACAAGAGUCCAGGAGCUGAGGACAUGUUUAUUAAGAUUACUAAAUCUUAUGAGAUCCUGUCCAGUGAAGACAAACGUGCCAAUUACGACCGUUAUGGGCAGACUGAUGACACGCAGCCAUACGGCGGCAACGGUCGCUACGGUCAGCGCCAGGAAGGCUUUUAUUUUGAUGAGUCCUUCUUCAACUUUCCCUUUAACAGCAAGAACCAGAGGGACUUUGCUGACAGCAAGUACACGUUGCACUUUAACCAGUAUGUCAACGAGGUGGUGCCUGACAGCUACAAGAGACCGUACCUGAUAAAGAUCACUUCCGACUGGUGCUUCAGCUGCAUCCACAUUGAGCCUGUUUGGAAAGAGGUGGUGCAGGAGAUGGAGACUCUAGGUGUCGGGAUAGGUGUGGUGGAUGUUGGCUAUGAAAGAAGGUUAGCCAAUCACCUUGGCGCUCAUCGCACACCAUCCAUACUGGGAGUUAUAAAUGGCAAAGUGACGUUUUUCCAUUACGCUGUAGCAAAGGAGCACCUCAGGCAGUUUGUAGAAGACCUUCUCCCUCAAAGACUUGUAGAGUGGGUCACCGACAAGAAUUACCUGCAGUUCUUGAGCAGCUGGCAUGAGCUCAACAAGCCUCACGUGCUUCUGUUUGACCAAGUGCCUGUAGUUCCUCUGCUUUACAAGCUCACAGCGUUUGCCUAUAAGGACUACUUGCAGUUUGGCUAUGUGGACCAGGGCCUCUCGGAGACCGCUGAUCUGCAGAAACAGUUCAAUAUUAACACCUACGCUCCGACCAUGUUGGUGUUCAAAGAGAGCAUUGAAAAGCCCGCUGACAUUAUACAGGCUAAAGGAAUGAAAAAGCAAAUUAUUGAUGAGUUCAUGUCAAACAACCGAUUUCUUCUCGUGCCACGUUUGGUAAAUCAGAAACUCUUUGAUGAGCUCUGUCCUGUCAAACAGUUUCAUAGAAGAAGAAAAUACUGUGUCCUGCUGAUAACAGGCGAUGAAGAGACUUUUUCUUUUGGGAACCAGGCGUUUCUUUCCUUUGCCUCCACCAAUAGCAAGGAAGUAGUGAGAUUUUCAUAUGUUUACCAACGGCUACAGCAACCUCUCUGUGACAUCUUCAUGCAAAACAAGGACACUGCGGAGUCUCCAGCACAGGUGGUGAUCCUGGAGAGGCGUAAUGCUGCAGGGAAGGCCUUGUUCAAGCCAGUGACCGCCUGGAACGGCAGCGAUGACGACAAGCAGCGUCUCCUGGAGGAGCUGGAGCGCCUUCAGAAGGACCCGUCCAUCCUCGUCCAUGACGCCAUGCUGCCCGAGCUCAACAACGAGUUUGCCUCUAUGUUUGUUAUCCGAUGGAUCUAUGCAUCGUACGAUUACCUCUCUGAAGUCAUCGAUGAUAUUCUGCAUAACAACUGGCGUGAGAUGAUGCCUCUUCUGUCCCUCAUCUUCUCUGCCUUGUUCAUCUUGUUUGGAACUGUCGUCGUCCAGGCCUUCAGUGACUCCAGUGAAGAUAAGCAGACUAAACCAAAGGCAAAGGAUGGGACAAAAUCUGAAAAUGGGUCACCAGGGAACGGUAGUGCUUCAAGUCGGCCUCCAAAGAAGAAUUUUGUGGAGGUGACGGAGCUGACAGACAUCACAUACAUGAGCAACCUGGUGAAGCUGAGGCCAGGACACAUGAACAUAGUGCUGGUGCUCACUGACGCCUCCAAAAACAUCCUACUUAGCAAGUACGCUAAAGAGGUCUACUCUUUCACAGGGAGCCUGACACUACAUUUCUCCUUCCUGAACAUCGACAAACACGGCGAGUGGAUGGACACACUGCUUGAAUACGCCCAGGAUGCCAUGCAGAUCGAUGAAGAUGACGCAGGAAACCACAAGAUGGACUACACAGGCUACGUGCUGGCACUCAACGGACACAAAAAGUACCUCUGUCUGUUUAAACCCGUCUACACCGGGGAAGACAUCGACAGCAAGUCAUCAGAGGAUGAAGGGGCCGCUUCAGGGGGGAGGUCGAGGUCCAGUUCCCGCGAUGACAAUCCGCCGCGCAGAUCCAAGCGAUCCCGUAGCUUAUCCACCCUGCAGAUCCACCACAAGCUGGACCGUCUGGGGCUAUGGAUGGAAAGGCUCAUGGAAGGCACUUUGCCUCGCUACUACAUCCCCACGUGGCCAGGACUGGACAAGAUCACCUCCAGUAAAUAGAUGGAGGCGAGUGAGAAAGAGACUUCUUAUUUAUCUACUGUCACACCAAAAUGACUCCCCUCGUGUUCUGCUGCCAUUUUUGCACUUGAGAUAUUUAAUAGUUACAGAUGUUUUUUAAGGUGCAAUGUGUAAGACCGAGUCAGGUGAAUCAACGGGGCAGCGUUUUACCUCUACCACUGGGUCCGUACAAUCUCAAUUUACUAGUUACUAAUAAUUUACUAACUAAUUUGCUAUUAGCUUAAAAAAAACGACUGUUGAAACUCUGAGAGCCAAUCAAAAAUAACACUGCAAUCUUCUUUAUGAUCUUUAUUUUUACCGGCCACUUACCAGAGGCCUGUACUACGAAGCCGGUUCAACCUAACCUGGAUAUGUUUGAGUUACCCGGCUUACCUAAUCCAAA